AUGGGCUCUUCUAAUCACACCGUUGUUACUGCUGAUUCAAAGUUUUUUAUCAUGUCUACUGUUGAAACAUUUCACGAAAUUUCACCAUUUCUUGUUCAUAAGCUUAUUCAGUCACAUAUUGGAGAAGUGAAAAAUGUUAAAAAAUUGAAAUCUGGAGACUUAUUAAUAGAAGUAUCGAAUUCUUCACAAGCAAUAACUUUAAGAAAACUUACUACAUUAGGAAACAUAGAAGUUAAUGUUUCUGUGCACAUAAGUUCAAAUUUCUCUCGCGGAGUUAUUUCUGAGCAUGGUCUCAAAAAUCACACUGAAUCAGAACAGGUUCAGGAAUUGUCAGAACAAAAAGUUUGUGCAGCACGCCGUAUUUACAUGAAACGGGAUGGUCAGUUAAUUCCUACGCAACAUGUUGUCUUAACGUUUUCAACUACUGAUCUACCAAAAUUUAUCAAAGCAGGUUACUUAAGAUGCACUGUAAAUCCGUAUAUUCCAAAUCCAGACAGAUGCUUUAAAAGCCAAAAAUUUGGCCAUUCACAGCAGGCUUGCAGAGUGUUGAAAAUCUGUGCUAAGUGUUCUGUUUCUGGUCACUUCUCUUCUGAGUGUAUUUCUGAUGAUAUAAAAUAUAUAAAAUGCCGUGGAGAUCACCCAUCGUAUUCGAGAUCUUGUCCUCAAUGGAUACUCGAAAAAGAAAUCCUUUCAACAACGAUACGUCGAAAUAUUUCCUUUGCUGUAAGCCAAGAAAUUAGUUACUGA